AUGCAGAAUAUCCGAGGUAGGGCACGAAGACGUGCUCGAGUUCAUUUUAACCUCGCAAGUAAUCGAGUAAGAUCAGAAACACCAGAGGGAAGCUGGUCAGAUGAUAAAGGACGUGCUGAGGCUGUUAACAAAAUACUAGCCCGGAUUAAAGAAUCAGAACAAGAAUUGACUUCUUGCGAAAAUCAAUCAGGAGAAUCACUGAAUAUGCCAGAAGAUGCUUUGACAAAUGCUCGAAUUAAGCACGAAGAAUAUUUACUUGAUGAUCUGAUUGAAUACAUUGAAAAUUCUCUUAUUGAUGCACUCACUUACAAGGCAAGACUGAAGCGCAAUUUAAUCGAGUGGAUUUUGCGCAAUGAAACAGAACUGAAAGAAAUUGAUGAAUUGGAGAAUCUAAUAAUGAAACGUUACGUAGAAAUCACUAAAGAAAGACAACAUAUGCAACGUUUGUUGGAUUUUAUGCGAGCUUUAGAUAAUUUGGAGAACGAUUUCGAUAAUUUGAGAGACAAAAUAUUCGCACUGCCAAUUAGCAUCAGCACUACACAGUCUUCAAGCUUGGAGUCAAAAAGUGAUAAAGUUGAUAUAAAAUUAUAA